AACUUGCUUCCACAGUAUAAGAAUACUAACACUCCAGGACAGGGAACAGCUUGUCUUAUUGUACAGACUUCGUCUCUCAAGAGCCCGCCAGAUACAAAGGUUACUCCACCCUCAUCUGACGUACGACUAGCGAACACUGAUAACAUUAAUGGCGGCCUAUCUUCACGCGGGCAUCUCGUGCCGCAAUCCAAUGGAAGUAUCAUUCUUGGUGGGGGUCUGCUACUGUAUCUUGCUGAUGAGAGUGUGUGGUAUGAUAUGGUUGAUGACGGAACACUCAUUGAAAGUGUCCAGGACCGUUGGUAUGAAGGAUAUAUGAGACGGUAUUUCCAUGGCUGGAACGAAAAGUUUGAUCAUAUUUGGACUGGAAUAAUGCGCUACACUGAGAACUCCCAGUCCCAUGUCGGUCUGGUCCUUGGGGAAUCGGACCACUUCGUUCUUGCUGGAUUUAAUGGUUCAGGGAUGGCGAGCAUUUUCCUUGUUGCACGCGGAAUUGCUCAUCUAGUCCAAGGUGGUAUCUUGUUUGGGGAGACAGGCUUACUUGCGGUGUUCAAAAGUGUGCCCGCGCGCGUUAAACCCUGGUGA